AUGAAGUCUGUAAAAACGUUCUGGACCGACUAUUGCGAAAAGAGUUCUUUGCAUGGCCUCCGGUACGUCGUCCACAAGGAAGCAACUUCCUGGGAAAGAUUAUUGUGGGCAGUGUUAAUGGCAGUCGCUAGUGUCACUAUACUUGUGCAUCUGUACGCUUCAUGGAAAAGUUUCUCGUAUUCGUCCAUGCAAAUCGUAGUGGACAAUCCUCGAUUUCCGCUAAGCAAAAUCGAUUUUCCGGCAGUAACAAUUUGUUCCAUAAACAAAAUCCUUUAUUCGAAGGCUAAAAGAUUAUUUUUAAGUAAAUACGAAAAUGAACCAGAAUUGAAAAAAAAAUACGAAAACUCGCUGUACAUUAUGGAAAUUUUACAAUAUCCACACUAUAAAGAUCUUAAAAACUUCGUUAAAACUAACCCUGUUCUGACCGAUUUCCCAUCAGAAAAUAUCUCCGAUCUCAUGUUGAAACUUAUGCCCACCAUUGACGAGGUAUUUGAUGCGUGUUACUGGAGAGGCACCGGUUUCAAUUGUUCAGAUAUAUUACGACUGCAAAGAACUGAAGAAGGAUUUUGUUAUUCAUUCAACAGCAAAACGUCGGAAAGGACGACAAAUGACAGCGAAAUCAACCCACCAAUCGCCAAACCAAACGGCAAGUUGAUACCUCUCAAAAACAACGUUGCGGGCAUGAUGACCGGUCUCGAGUUGAUUAUGAAAAGUUUGAUCACUGAAUACUUUCCGAACGACAAGCGAUUCAAAGGAUACAACAUAAUGAUACACACGCCCGAGGACUUCCCAGACAUUUCAAGCAGCUACAAGGUGUACAGCGAAUUGAAUCAAUCGUCAAGGAUAUCGGUGAGCGUAAGUCACAUACGGGCAGACGAAUCGUUACAUCGUCUCAGCGAAAAAGACCGUAAAUGUUUCUUUUACGAGACGAAAACAACAAAAACGAAGAACUUCCCGUCGUCAAGGAGCAACGCCGAGGACAACUGUUACAGCGAAUGCCGGCUAAUGAGUACUUAUAAAAUGUGCAAUUGCACUCCGUACUACUUUAAUAUGGAUGAGAGCCAGCAACAAUGUGGAAUUAAAGACAUACAAUGUCUCAGCAAAGUCAAAGUGCUUCAAUACAAUGCUCGAAUAUCAGAAGAAGAAUUUGGAUUUCUUAAACAGAGUGCACAGGAUUUUAUGAACUGUAGUUGCCCACACCCGUGUUCGUUCAUAGGAUACACGACAGAAAUUCGUAACUAUGCAAAGGACUUCAUGGCUUAUACAAAAUUUCCACCGGCUUAUACACACAUAGAGGUACACUACAAAGAAAGAUUUGCCAUCAGUUACCUGAGAUCCAUGAAGUACACUACACAGGAUUUAUUAGUGACAUUUGGCGGGAUGGCAAGUCUAUUUCUUGGUUGCAGUUUAGUCAGUGUGGUGGAGCUCAUUUACGUUAUCUAUAAAUCAUUAUUUAUACUUAAACAUAGACAUACCAAAGUCGAUACACCUUCAAAACACGAACGGCAAAUUAUCUUAUAUCGCCACCAUCGUAAUAUAUACCAUUUUUGCAAACCUCUGUAUAAGCCAUCAAAUAUCACAUUACCAGAAAUCAAAUAUUAAGCAACACAAUAGGUGACAUACUUACUUUGUAUAUUUAUAUACUUAAAAAUACAAAAGAAACAUCGCCGGUUUUUGCAUGUAUACAUAGCAUUAUAAUACUGAUGAUUUAAAUUUUUAAUAUAAGUAUUGUUUAACACAUAAAUUAAAACUAAUAUCAAUUAUUUUAAAAUAUAAUAUAACACUAUUGUAUUUUAUCACACGGUAAAUUUGGCAUUGCAGUUAUAUAACAUCAUAAUGUAAAAAAAAAAAAAACAAAAACAAUAACUUAACUUUAA